AUGGGCGCGACGGUGGAGGCGCGCACCACUUACAGAUACCCCUUCGAGUGCGUGGUCGCUAGCUACCUGCGGAAGUAUCCCAGUCCCAUGGAGAAACACGUCACAGCUGUAAAAACAGUAGAAGAGAAAAUGGAUUUGUCUACAGGGAUUAUAUACCGGAGAAGGAUUGCAACGUGCCAGAAUGUAAUCCCACAGAUUUUAAGAAAGCUCAGUAUCCUAAAAGUGUCCGAUGUCUACUUAGAAGAGGAAUCUUGGCUUAAUAUGCAAGAAAGAAUUAUGUCUAUGAAGACUCGUUGCCUUACCUGGACACAGUACGCCUCGCUAAAAGAAGAGUCAGUCUUCAGGGAAAGCUUGGAGAAUCCAAACUGGACAGAAUUCAUUCAGAAAGGGAGCAUCUCCAUUAAAGGGGCAGGACUGCUGAAUUGCUUACUGGAAGCUUUUGCGCGAACAUUUUUAAAUCAAGGUGCCAAAAAGGGCAUUACAAUCAUGGAGUCACUUCUACAAGAACUGUAUGGGAGUCCAUUUUCAUAAUGAGCAAGAAGAGAAGAAAUCAUAAAGCUCGAACCACAGCAAUAUGUCCUUAUUCUUGAAGAACUUUCUUGAAACUCU